AUGGCAACAAGCUCGACCAACAGUGGAGCUUCGAAUGGAAGUGCAACCCACACACAAGUCCGUUGUUACUAUCCAGAUGAGGCCGAUUUGCUGAUCUUGCAAACUGAUGCAAAUCCGGGUCGAAGAUACUUCCGUUGUCCACGUCGAAAGUUUAAGGACUGUAAGUUCUUCUUAUGGUGUGAUCCUGAGAUUACACCAUCUCAAAAGGUUGCUUUUUUGAAGUUCAAGAAUGAAAGGAAAGGUGUGGGUGAUGAAUUGAAAUGCAAAGAAGAGGAGGUCAAAGUGAUAACCUCAAGAUUGGACAUCAUAGAAAGAGAGAUAUUGGAGCUGCAGGUGAAACAUGCUAAAUUGGAGGAGUUUAUAGACACACUUGUUAAGAAGGAGAAGUUUCCAACUUCAUUUGUAAUGUUCAUGUUGGCUUGUGUUGUUCUUCUGUUAGUGCUGAAGUAG